UUGAAAAAAGAAGCAAUCAUAUCGUUAAUUUCCUUUUAUAAAGUACAAUCCAGUUAAAAAACAGAGACGACUACUCAAAAUCAGGGAGCCACCACCACCACCACCAUAGAGAAUUCUUCUUACAAAGAAAAAUGGAACCAACAGCCGCGUCUGGAAACGGCCGAGACGCAGUUGUGGUGAAAGGUUACAGUUUCGACGAUUCAGCAGCAGCAGAUCAGACAAACGAUUACCAGAUGAAGGUAAAGAAAAGCAAAAGCGCUUCAAGCGCGGGGUCUAGAAGCUGGAGUUUCAGCGAUCCAGAGACGCGGAGGAAGAGAAGAGUCGCUGGCUAUAAGGUUUACUCCGUUGAGCAGAAGAUGAAGGGAUCCAUUAGAAAGAGCUUCAAGUGGUUCAAAGAUGUUAUCGGUAUUUCUUGAAACUAUAUUCUCCUCUCCUUCACUUUCUUUCUUUCUCAAUAUUAUAUAAUAUAUGUAAAACCCCAAUCAAUGAAUCUCUUUCUUGCUGAGUGUGUUAAAUAUCUUGCAAAAAACUAUAUAUAAGAAUCUCUAGUGAGUUUUUAUUUUUAGUGUA